AUGGCACGUCACCAUCAAUUAACUGCUUAUAUUGAAGUACUUGAUCAAAAUGCAAAUGAGUAUAACAAUGCUAAUCAAAGUCAGAUUUCAGUAUCAAGUGAAAUAUCUAGCUCAAUAUUAAAUAAUAGUUUCUACAUGAAAUCAACCUCUUCAGCAAUUAAUGGACCAUUGGACAAUUUUGCUUUUCAUUAA